AUGUCGCCGCCGAGUAGCGCCACAGCCGCCGCCGGCGGCGGCGGCGGCGGCAGUGGAAGGAGGUGUGAGCUGCGUAAGGAUGCCGUCUUUGGGCGGUGGGUAAUAUUCUCGCCAGCGCGAGCACGACGGCCCUCCGAUUUCAAGUCAUCGGCCCCCGUCACCACCACGAGUCCCAACACUAGGAACGCGUCCAACGGGGGGGGGUCUACCGCUCAUCCUCCGCCUUCCUGCCCGUUCUGUAUCGGCCGGGAGCACGACUGCGCUCCGGAGAUAUUCCGGUUCCCAGCGGGCGCCUCUGAGUGGAGAUUGCGCGUCAUCGAGAACCUUUACCCCGCUCUGCGCAGGGAGGAGGAGCCCCCCGCGUCGGAUCCCGAAGAUGAGGGGAGAGGUGGAGGGGAGAAGAGGUUUAUACAAGGUUAUGGUUUCCAUGAUGUGGUCAUCGAGACGCCGUACCAUGAUGUUCACCUGUCGGACCUCUCCUCUACGGAGACCGCUGAAAUUCUGCUCGCUUACAAGGAGAGGUUCCUGCAGCUCGCCGCCCUCGGUAAUAUCAAAUACAUCCAGGUUGGUCAGCUGAUCAACCAUAUUCAAAUAACUGUAUGCUGAAUCUUUUGCGUUCAAAUAACCUCGGAUUUAUCGGGGUCAGAUUCAGAGAUGUUGCACUCCGGUCCUCAUGUCCAGCUUCUUUAUUUCCCUUUCAUUAGAGGACGAGUUUUAAUCUUGUUGAGGUCCAAAAUCUAAUUCUGGUCUUAAACUUCUCUUUUGUCUGGGCACACAUUUAAAUCUAUUCAGAAUGUUCGUAUUCCCUACAUUCAAACAAAUCUGGAUGCAAAAUGCCAUGUUCUCCCCAUAUUCAGAUAAAUAUGGGGUUAUUUUCCAUUUUAUUCCCACUUCAACUUUCCUAACAUCUGAGAACGAAUUUUUAUCUAUACAGAAAUGUCAGUUCUCUCCAUAUCCAAAUAAAUCUAGAGUUAUGGAAUUUCAAUUUUCUUAUCUCAUUUUAACUUUGCUUUUGUCUGAUGACGAGUACAAGCCUAUGCAGGAUGUAAGUAUUUUUCCACAUUCAGCUGAAUCGGGUUUCAGAAAUCAGUGCAAAGUGCCUGUGGAACCCCACCUUCAAAUAAUCCUGGAUUUACUGAACUCUUACUAUUUCAAGCCUCAUACAUUUCUGUUUCAUCUGUGGAGGAUUCAGAACCCUUUUAGAGUUUCAUUCCUCCCCAGAUUCAAAUUAAUCCGAGUUCUGAAAACUACAGGACGUCAGUGUUUCCUCACCACCCACAAUAAGUUAAGCCUAGAACUACUUGGCCUUGAUAUCUAUGCAACAUGACCACAUCCCCCUUUGACCAAGUGGCUUCUAUUCUCUUCAUUGAACUAAAACUCCCUGCCAUGUCAUCUUGGGAAGAAUUUAAAAUCUGUUGCUUGUUGUUUAUGAAGUUAAUGUUAUCUUUUUUUAUCUGAGUUUUUUAUGUUAUACAGGUGUUUAAGAAUCAUGGUGCAUCUGCGGGAGCGUCAAUGAGCCAUUCGCACAGUCAGAUCAUUGGCCUUCCUGUUGUUCCUCCCACAGUCUCCUCCAGGCUUAGGAGCAUGAUGGAGUCUUAUGGUGGGACAGGAAAAUGUGGCCUCUGUGAGGCAUGGUCUGAGGAUAUUAUCAUUCAUCAGUCACAGUAUUUUUCUUCUAUUGCUCCGGUGGCAGCUUCAUAUCCUUUUGAGAUCUGGGUAGUUCCUCGGGAUCACUUGUCUCACUUCCAUGAGAUAGAUAGAGAAAAGGUAAUUGGAGUCGAUUGCUUUCACUUGUUUUCACUUGAUUAUAUAAUCAACUAUUUUCACCUUGAUUGAAUUCAGGUAAUUUUGAUGAUAAUCUGCUAAUCACCUUAGCUUGAACUAUCUGCAUUGAAUUUGAGAUGACCAUAGAUUUCCAAACUCUUUUUGAUGUUUGUGAAGUAGGUCAAUGGAGAAAUAUACAUGUUAAAACUCUUGGCGAAUCAUCUUUCUUUUUUGCCAUUUUGCUUGAAUUGUUACUCUGUAAGAAGCAUUGUAACGGUAGCUUGAAAGAGACGAUUACUUGCAUUUCUGUGCGCUUCUGUUGUAUUAUAUGUUACUUAAAAAAUGUAUUGCAAUUAUAAAGUCUCUUGAAACUUCAGGUUAUAAAUAUAGGUGACUGAGCAUCAUCACCAGAAGCACCCCUUAUCUACAUUUACAACCUAUGAGAGAGAGGCGUAGAAGAGAUGUGAACCAAUUUAAAUAAUUCUACACUUUAAUUUUAAUCUUAUGGUUACUGAAUAUCUAGCCACAUUUUGUAGCCUUCAUAAAUUAUGGACCUGUAGUUCCAAAACAGCAGUCGUAGUUCUGAAUGAAGAAUGUUUAUAAAGGAUCUUUUAAUUUGAUUGUGGACGCGGGCUUUCCCAGGAUAUUGGUUCUUUAUUGAAUUCCACCACUGGUGAAGAAUUGCGCUAUCACCUGUUUGUCACAGUAAGAACUAGGUAUGCACCAAGAAGAUAUUAAAGUAACUGUGUGAGGGGUUAUUUUUCUCGUUAUCUGUCUUCUGUGGGGUGAUUAUACCUCACUAAAAUCACACGGUUGGAUCUCUCUCUCUCUCUCUCUCCCCCUAGCCUCCCACCCCCACCCUUAUUUGCCAGUUAGUAAGAUUUAUGCAUAUUCAAGCUUAUUCAAUCUUCCCCUCCAGUUUGAUAAAAAAAAUUGGUGAUGUAAUUUGCCUGCAAUGUGAAAACCGUUUGCAUUUAUGCUGGCAUUGACUAUGGUGAUAGAGAGUUUGGAUUAUACCCCGUUGUAUUGGUUCAUUGUCACCGAGAAUGGCUUUGAAACGUGUAUCAGGAGUUGCUGUAAUAUUGUUGUUCUCUGUUCAGUUAUGAAAGCACCUGUGACCUAAGCCCCGUUACCCAUUUCUUUUUGGCCACGGAUCCUCGGUUGGAUCAAUUUUAUGUUCUCAUUGAAAAUUAUAAUUCCAGAAGUCAUCACUGUGAUUCUAAGCUCAAAGUGGUUUGACCAUAUGGUAGGUCACAUCAGUGAACGUUCUGACUGGCCAUUUUAGGGUAGGAUGUUAUAGGACUUCUGACAGCCUUCUUGUGGCUUCUGAUGUUUUUCAAGCGUUGACUGUUAUUAUUUUAUUAGUUUAUAGACUAUCAUUAAUCUUGAAAUAAUUUCUCACGUGAUGAUGCGAAAACUACUGGAAAUGGAAAGUCAAUUGACUCAGGUGUAGGCGAAAAGAAAUAUACAGUGUGAAAAUCUUGCAUAGUGCUACUCAGGUUAAGUCAUAUACGGGUAUAAAUGUCAUGACAAACAGUGUUUUUCUUGGAACAGUUGAAACGUCCGUAUUGGACCAUUUCUCGAUUUGUGCGUGUCAUCCUUGCGCAGGGGCCAUGCUAAUCUUCUCUGUAUCGUUCCAAUUUUAUCGGAUGUCCCCGAAGGGACAACAUCCGUAUUGGGAAUCAGUUAAGUUAGUGAAAGGGUUGACCAGGUUCGCCAAGGGUUCUACUUUCCGGUAGCAAAAGAGAAUGGAAUACCCAGAUUAUUGUAAUGAAAGUUAGCUCUUGAACAUUAAUUUGUCAGCAUAUGUAUAUGCUCCAUUAUAAUGUAUAAAGAUUACAUUAAUCAUGUUUUCUCCACUACAUAUACACAGUAGGAAUCAGAUUUAGAGUGAAAGAUCAACUGGAUUCUUAAGGAUUCUUGUUGCUUGCAACACCCAGAUUAUGACUACUCUCUGAGUUGAACACGAAUAUUUUGUCUACAGAAAUAUGCUCCAUUGGAUCAUGAAUAUUUAUCUUUAUUAUACAUGUACGUAUAUGUAGGUCAGUCACUGUAACCUGUUGAUGAUGUUCCCGUCUCAGAUGCAGGCUGUUUGGAUACGAUUCAUCAAAGAAUAGAUCAUUUUGCCCUUUCAAACCAUGAAGAAAAUUUGCCUUAUUUUCUUUUAUGCUUUCCCAUGCAGGCCGUUGACUUCGGAGGCAUCCUUACCGAGAUGCUGAGGAGGUUAUCACAACAGCUGAACGAUCCCCCAUUCAACUUCAUGAUCCACACGUCUCCCCUCGGCCUGGCUGCCACCUCCUUGCCCUAUGCCCACUGGUUUCUGCAGAUCAUUCCUCAGUUGUCAGGUGUUGGAGGGUUUGAGCUCGGCAGCGGCUGCUACAUAAACCCCGUCUUCCCAGAAGACGCUGCGAAGCUCUUGAGGGAGGUGAAUCUCUCCACCUAG